UAACCAACCAGAUUUAGACUUGGAAAUAAUUACGACCUCGUUAACAAGAGAGUUCCACAAUUUAGGCGAUAUGUUACAUGUAACAUUGGAAACACACAUUCAAAUAACCAGACACAGAACUCAGCAGAGGUAUUCAUUCAGCGAGUAAAAAAGAAAGAAUAUGGCUACAUGGUAUUCUUCUCAAAGCUGGACAAUUAUAUUUUUGUGCCUCCAACUUCUUAUUGAAUGGAAUGCUGCCCAAACUUCAAUCUGCGAAACAAUUUUACCUACAAUAGCUCAGAAUUAUUCAUCUUUAAAUCUUACAGCAGAAUAUGAGAUAAACAAAGAAGCUAUCAGUGCCAGUGGGGUAAAUACUGACUUAGUGAAUUACUCUGGAAUGCGCAUUACAAAUAAUGAAACAGGACCCAGUAUUGAAGUAAAUUAUUAUGUCAAGAUGUAUGAUUCAGGUUCAAAUCCAGAUAAAGUAAACAUCACAUUCAGCUUUACAAAUCUGGAACCAUCUCGUAUGAGUUUAGUUUCUGUAAAAAUUGACUUACAAAAUAAAGUUAAUGCUAUUUGGGAUAUAGGAGUAACUGGUGCUUUCACAAAUGGCAGAUCAUUCCUGGAGUAUAAUAAAACUAAUCUGGCUGCCAACACCUCCUUUGCCAUUUGGUUUAUUGCAACACCAGCUGGACAGGAUGGCACAGACUUACCGGAAAGCCCUAAUAACUUUGAUGCUCCCUUUUAUUUUACAACUGAAGAAAUAACAGCUUAUGCGACAAAAAGAACAACUUAUGGGACUUUUUUACCCUCUAUAUGCCUAUUUAGGAAGAUUAUCAUCAUUGAAAAUAUUGUUUAUCAACAUGGAUUUACAGUUUUGACAUUUUUUAUAAUGUUUUUUGUGGGCAUCGGACUGGUAAUUCUAAUUGUCUGGCUCAUCAGGCGCAGAAGAACAAAUACUGUUAAUGCUACAAAAUCAGAUGACAAUCAAAUGAGAAAUAAGGGCAAAAACAUUGUGAUGGAUGCAAAAGAUGCUAUGAAAAGAGGGGUCAAUCCUAUUAAAGAUUUUAGCUUGAUAGCUUGGAAUGAGAGCCUUGUUACUGUUCUUGGUCUAAAUGAUAAACUAAAAAUGUACAGGGAAAUUGAUAAUUUGGAUAUCUUGUCCACAAUAAACAUUGACACUGACCUUGAACUUGAGCACAAUGAUGCAGCAGUUCAGGCUAGCCUCCUUUUGGUUCAAGGUCUCCGGUACAACAACGACAUAACUAAAUCUACAGAGGAGAAAACCAAGUCCAACUUGCAGAACCGUUUAAAAGAGCUGGAUAAAAAAUUAGAAGCAGAUUUCAAGAAAGAACUGCAGUCUCUGUAUAUUGACAUAGAGGCAAAAAAUAAAGAAAAGCUUGGUGAACUACAUAGGAAACAUAAAGAAAAGAAACAAGAAAUCAUUUGGCUUUCUAAAGAUUUACCAGAAACAGAGAAAAAGCAAAUUCUAGAUUUGUUAGACAAGCAGGAACAAGUUGAAGAGAACGAGCUCACCUACAAGUUAGCUCUGGAGCAAAAUGAAGAGGCAGAAAAGUUAAGAAAGGAAUACUCCACCCGCAAAAGAGUGGGCAUCAAAGAGUUACAGCAACAGUUUGUUAACGAAGUCAUUAGUUCAGAAGUUCUUCCAUCUGAAAAAGCUGAUUGGUUAAUCAAGGAACACAAGAGGCAGCAAGAGGAAAUAGCCAAGAAAUAUGAUGAUGAAAUUUCUCUACAGAGGAUGUUACUGGAAGAAAAGUUGGCCAAAAGACGAGCUCUGGCCCAGGCUAGUGAAGCUCGAGAAGAUGAUGAUGCUAAAAUCUUGAGUUUGGUUGCUUCAGGCCAGUUAAACAUCAUUCAAAAACUUAAAAGUUCUAAGAAAUUAUCAAAUGAUGAAGCUGAAGACUACACUGACCAGGUAACAGCUGAUGUGCAAGCUGUCAAGACUCAAAUGGAUAAAGAAAAGGACUUGAAGCUGAAAGAAUUGGUCAAGAAACUUAAUCAAGCCAAGGCAAAAGCUUUGGCUGAUGAGAUGAGUCAGCAGGCAUCCCAGGUUCAAGAUUACAUAGCUAAAAAUAAAUCCCCGCAAACAGAUGGGCCCGUUGACCCUAACUCAUACAUCAGAGGUUUUAUAAAUUUGAAGUCCCAACAUCGCAGACGACUACAUGAGCUAGAAAAUGAGAUUGAUGGAAAGCAUGCCAAAGAGCUUGAUGCACUGAGGGAUCAGAUAGCCGAGACAGCCAAGCAAAGUCUAAAAACUAAUGAACAAAAGCUGAUUCAGAGGAUCAAAACUCAGGAUGUAGAUGACAGCGUAAUUGAGAAAAUUUUGAGAAAUCAUGACAAAGUUGUCAAAGAAACAAUUGCACAGCAGAUUGCUAAUAGGCAAAAUCAAGAAUCAAAAUUUCAGAAUGAGCUUGCCAAAAGAAAAAAAGGUUGGGAUGAAAUGAGAGCAAAUGAAAAACAAGAACAGCAAGAUCUGAGGGAAUAUGAAUUGGAAGUUGUUGACAAACUUUUAGGUAGUCAAGUGGCCUUGUCGGAGGAUGAAAGGGAAAGAAUUCUUAAGGAGCAUGAAAAAAACAUGGUCAAGCUAGAAAACAGUCUGACCUUAAACAAGCUGAGACAAAAAAGAAUGAUUGAGGAGAAAAUAGCCCAGAGACAAGCACAACAAAUGGAGGAGUUGCAGCAAAAACAAUAUGCCGAAAUCAUGAAACACAGGAGGGUUGCUGAGAACAAUGGGGAGGAAGAAGAUGAAGGCACCAAAUUGGAAGAGCUCAAGAUUAGAAAAAAACAUGCUGAGCAACAAAUCACACUUAUUCAAAACAUAGAUUUUAAUUUUGAUAAAGAACUAGAAGAGAUAAGAGUUGAUAUGAUAAAAGAAAGAGCUUAUUCAUUGAAAGAACAGGAAGAAAAACUGGGUGCACUAAUUACCUCCCUUCAAAUGACUAAGGCUAGAGAGCUAGCAAAGAUUGAAGAGCAGCAGAAAGCUAUAAAUAAUUUGAAAGGAAACUUGCUUGAUGAUUUGAACGCCAGAGGGAUCUUGUCCACUCCGGACUGUGAGAAGAUAAUCACUAGGCAUAGAGAGGAGCAAGAUGAGCUGACUACAAAGUUGGAUAACUACAGAUCUGUACAAGAAGAGACACUAAGAAAAAAGCUGCAGGAUCGUCUGUUACAAAGAGAGAACACAAUGGUUCUAAAGCAGGAAGAGGAAAUGAAAAUGUUAAUUCAGCAGUCCACAAACAAGACUAGUGCUAAAAUUAGACGUGCUCUACUUAAUCACAAACAUAUAGUCGCAAUGGAGAAAUUCAAGAACAAACUGCAAAGGGAGAUAAAUCAGACAAUGGAAGACACCAAGAGAGAGCUUCAGUUGCAGAAACAUAAAAUGCUGCAAGAUCAAGAAAUGAAAUUUCUGGCUGGUUUGGUAAAAAUUGGUGAAUUUGAACGCAAUGAAUUGCUUGAUGUUCUUCAUAUGCUUUUUCCAAGAAAAACUGAAGAGGCCAUUACAGAGAUGCUUAAUAAAAUUUAUGUAGAAAAUAAAUCUACAAGCAAAAAUAUGGAAAAAAGUCAAAGUACACUAGCCGAACGGGUAUACAAGGAGCAAUACAUGGCUCCCUUGGGUAGAGCACCAUCAGCAACAUCAAAAAGUUUGGUUAACCGGAAACCUGUAGAAAAAACAAGUGGAAGAGGUGUUUCAGUUAUAGAUCAGGAUAGAAGAAAAAACACUUUUGGACCUCAAGACUACUCUAGACGAGAAGCUUUAAUAAAUCAAAGUGAGCCUCAAAACAAUAGAAGAAAAAAUUCAGUUGAUAAAAAGUACCUUCCUCCAAUCAAUAAUGCAAAGAGAAACUUGAGUGAAAGCGAUGAAGAAGAUGAUGAAUAUUAUGAUUUAGGUACAAACUACUCUAGAAAUAAAUUAGAAAGCCAAAACAAGGCAUAUGUUAGACAGCCUGAAAGAAGUAGAAGUUCUGCCGAGGUUAGGAGACCUCAGCAAGAUGUAAUCUCUGAAAGCAUGGAGGACGAUGAUUACAGUGAUAAUGAAGCCAAGUUCAAAUAUGCACCAGAAAAAGUGAAAGAGCAACCUAAACAAAGAAAGAAAAAAUUCUUGAAGAAACUAGCCCAUCACAGUGAUGAUGAUGAUGAACUUUAAUGAUGUUUAAAUAACUUUAAAAAUUUUGUAUUUGUUUUAUUAGACAACCAGUGCAAUCAAAAGUUGAUGCUCACACAAUCACUGAAAUCAACAGAUUUAUGUAAAAAAAAAAGUUUUACCAAUUAUUAUUUUCUAAUAAUUUUUAAGCAGUAUAUUACUGUUGGAACCGCUAUAAAUGACUAAACUACAAAUCAAAAGAAGGGAUAUUAGUUACAUCACUUUUAUAGAAUCCUGAAUGGUUUAUUCAUUAUUAUUAUAAAAAAAAAAUGUGUUGGACAAUCUAUUAUAUUAAUUAUUUAAAAUGCUGUGAAAGUUUGCUGUGUUUUUUACCAUAUCUAAAAAUUCACAAACCAAUAUUCAUAAAUAUUACACACUAUAAUGGAAUUUUUUUCAGUCUGUCAAUAAUUUUCCUCUGUAGGAAAUUUUUUUUAAGUAUAUAAUUUCCAUAUAACAUGCUGUAAUCAAAAUAUAAAUAAUAUACUGUAGAACAUAAUUAUAAGUUUUCACCCAAGUUUAUACUUAAUAAGAUUUUUAGACAAAAAUAUAACAGAAACCUGAGUGUAAAGUGUAAAGAAAUGUUAUCCAUGUUAUCUUAAAUAUAUGCUGAAGUUUCUUUCUCACUGUGAUCACCAUGGUUAUUUUGCCAUGUUUACCUAUGUUAUUUACAUAUGAUGGGCCUACUUUUAAAAUUCACUAUCUGCCAUUUUGGAAAUCCAGACCAGCUUUUAGUGUUAACCUGACAUAGAAUCUGUUUGAUGAAGCAAAUACUUUCUGUCAGAGUAAUAACUAAUUAUUUUACUAUUUUUGUAAAGGCAACUAAAAACUAGGAUCAUGUGUCUGUUAAAGUUUAUUCAGUUGGUUUUUUCUUCUAAAAAUGGAGAUAUUGCAUUUUGUAAGUAAGUUUGACAUAUAUAUUACAAGCUUUAUUUAUACUUGACUUUAUGUGAAUUUUUAUGUGAAUUUCACACUUAUAUUCAUAUUUAAUGGAACAAUAUUAAUUGUUAAAACUGAGUUCACAAGAUUUAUGUUGAACAUGUUACCUAUACUGCUCACUUGAAAUGUCUUAAGAUACUGGUGUAUAUAAAUGACUCAGGCAUUUUGAUAUAAUUUCUUCAUCUCUGCAUUUUUCAAUUGAAAUUAGCAUAGGGACAAAAUUGUUUUGAAGGAAUUGUAUUGAUAAUUUUAGUCUCUAUAUAUUUAAUUAAAACCAGGAAUAUUAUAUUAGUUUUACUUUGCUAGUGUACUACGAACAUGGUAACUCUAGCUUGUUACCCUACAGAGCAUUUUCAUAGUAUAAUAAUAAAUUGCUCAAGAACAUAAUUUAUCAGCAUAUUUACCUCCCUUGUAUGUUUAAAAAAAAUAAACAAUUAUAUUUUUAGCUACUCUGCAUGUUAACUAAUUAUUAAUGUAAUUUAGUAACACAUAUUCAUUAACUGGUAGUACUAUACAUGUGUCAUCUUUGUAUUUUUAAUUGCUUUUUGGCCAUCAGUAAAUUCUUUAUCUGAUUUCCUAUCAUCUAGGCCUAAUUAAAUAAUUAAUUUAAUUUUCAAUAGCCUACUCAUUUCUUUAAUUUUAAUUUUAAAAAAAAAUUAUAAUUAACUCAAUUAACUAAUUACGUUGAACUGAUUGGAGUGUAGUGCUUUUUAAAAAAUAAAUAACACACUUUCUUGUAGAUUUAACAUAUAUUUCAAAAUAGAAAAGUUUAAUCUUGCCUGUUUAGUUUAAAUAAUUGCGGGUGUAAAUUUAAUGUAGAAUUUGAAUUGUUAUAAUAGUUUGCUAAGGGUGAUAUUAAUUUUAGCUCAAUUCUAAAAAUAUAUUUAUCUUACUGUAAUCAUCUAUUAAAAUGAUGAGUGAUAUACUAACAUCCUGUAAGUGUAGUGUUAAAACUAAACUGUAAAAAUGUGUACACUAAAAAGUCUACUGCUCUUUUAGCUACAGUAGGUAUAUGAGAGGUAUAAGAUUAAAAUUGGGUAAAGUUUAAUUUUCUAUAUUUAUAUUGUUAAUUUAAUUAAUUUGAUGCUAACAAAUUAAGGAGUUUUAUUUUAGAUUUCUGUGAGGUAUAUAUGUUACCAAUUAUUGAAUAGAUAAUGCUAUAGCGCUCAAGAAAAUUCUCACAUAUUUUAGUCGGCAGAUGAUUAUCAAAAUAACUUUUGUAUCAUGAAUAAUAUUACUAAGUGCCAUAACUGUUUAUCACAUUUUAUUGUAACACUAUUUGUGUAACUUUUUAUAAUAUUAUACACUAAAUAUAUUUCGUUUUAUUUUUUAUACAGUUUUUAGUUUGAUCACAUUAAAAGUUAUAUGUGAAAUAAAAAUUGACUCAAACUGUG